AUGGCCAUCCUGACCACCCCUCGCAAGCCACUCAGGCUGGUAUUGUUUGUUGGCUUUGUUUUGGCCAUCUCAUUUUUCACUCUCUCCUCCGAAUACUUCGAGUCGUCGAACCUCGCUCUCUACAUAAAUCAUCCCUAUGCAUACGUCCGCAGCAGCUAUGACUGGGGGCGUCGCAAGCAGAGACAUCCUGUCUCAUCCUACGCAACCCCGUCUCAGGACCCUCCCCAUCAGCUGCCCAGAGUACAGUUCGAAUUCGAGGAGGGUCAAGGCGUCCAGGAGUCCCGAAGAAGGGAGGUGAAAAACACAUUCAAGAAGUGCUGGCACAACUAUAGGAAAUAUGCGUGGGGGUACGACGAGCUGAAACCCAUCUCCGGGAUGGGGACCAAUACCUUCUCAGGCUGGGGUGCUACACUUGUUGACUCUCUGGACGCUCUAUGGAUCAUGGACAUGAAGCUGGAAUUUAGGGAGGCCAUUCACCAGGUUGUCUCGAUCGAUUGGGAUUUUCACCCAGAUGACCAAAUGUGCAAUACGUUCGAAACUACCAUUCGAUAUCUGGGUGGCCUUCUCGCCGCAUACGACCUCAGCAAUGAGACAGUCAUCCUACACAAGGCCAUUGAGCUCGGCGAAAUGCUCUAUAGCGCAUUCGACACCCCGAACCGGAUGCCAGCCAACUCGUUCAAUUUCCAGAGGGCUAAGGAGGGCGAACUCCUUCCCUCCGCACGCGAGAUCUCGGCCAACGUCGGGAGCCUAUCGAUGGAGUUCACGCGGCUGUCGCAGCUUACAGGAGAUCCCAAAUUCUUCGACGCGACCGAGCGGGUCAAGAAGGAGCUCAAGCGGACUCAGGAUGGCACCAAGCUCCCCGGGCUCUGGCCGACCUAUGUCGAUGUUCAAAACGGGUUUUUGACACCUGACAGCUCAUUUACGCUCGGCUCCAUGGCCGACUCGCUGUACGAGUAUCUUCCAAAGAUGUACGCGCUGCUGGGCGGCCUGGAUGACUGCUACAUGGAAAUGUACCUCAAGGCUGUCAACACGGCCAAGGCCUUCCUCCUCUUCCGGCCCAUGCUGCCCGACACGGAGAGCGACGUCGACAUCCUAUUCUCGGGCACUGUGCUCUCGAAUGGUCUGGGGAUAAUCGACCUACAGCCACAGGGCCAGCACCUGACCUGCUUCGUGGGGGGCAUGUUCGCCCUCGGCGCAAAGCUGUUCGGCAUCCCCGAGGACCUAGAGAUCGGCGCUCAGCUGGCACGGGGCUGCCACUGGGCGUAUAAAACGAUGCCUGCUGGUGUCAUGCCCGAGGAGUUCUCCAUGGUCCCCUGCAAGGAGGCAAACAUGGGCAAGUGCUCGUGGGACGAGGAACGAUGGGAGAAGGAGGGCAACAAGAACUUUCCCAAGGGCUUCUCCAGUGUCCAUGCCCCCGGAUACUUCCUACGGCCCGAGGCUAUCGAGAGCCUCUUCUACCUCUAUCGCAUCACGGGCGACUCCAAGUGGCAGGACAUGGCUUGGGACAUGUUCCAGAACAUCAAGAAGGUCACCGAGACCAAGUAUGGCUUCUCUGCCAUCGAGGACGUGACCAGGGGCACCUCGCCCAAGAAGCUCGACUCCAUGGAGAGCUUCUGGCUCGCCGAGACCCUCAAGUAUUUUUAUCUGAUCUUUUCUGAGCCAGAAUUGAUCAGCUUGGACGACUACGCGUUUAACACGGAGGCGCACCCUCUGCGGAUACCGAAGCCAUGA